UUCGCCCGGCGGCAGGAGGAGCGAUCCGCGGGGAGCUCGCUCCGCCGCCCCGUCCCACCCGGCGGCCCGGGGCAGCGCUGCCCUCGGGGAGGGAGCCCGCUGCCGGCCGAUGUCCGAGCGGCGCGUGGAUGUACCUGGGAAGGCUUCAGGAUCGUCUGGGUCUCUGGGCACAGCCUGUUGGAGGCACUGGAAGUGGACUGGUUCCUGGUCAUGCCCGGUGGAAGGAGGGGACCCAGCCGGCAGCAGCUAAGCCGUUCAGCUUUGCCUUCUCUCCAGACUCUGGUUGGUGGGAGCUGUGGAAACGGUACUGGUUUGAGAAACAGGAAUGGUAGUGCCAUCAGCCUCUCCGCGCCUCCCAUCACAGCGCUGAUUACUCCAGAGCCUGUUCGUCACUGCCGGAUCCCUGACCUGCCCUUAGACGGGAGCCUUCUCUUUGAAUUCCUGUUCUUCAUCUACCUACUGGUAGCCCUCUUCAUUCAGUACAUCAACAUCUACAAGACUGUCUGGUGGUACCCAUACAAUCAUCCUGCUUCCUGUACCUCACUGAAUUUCCACCUUAUUGACUACCACCUGGCGGCGUUCAUCACAGUGAUGCUGGCGCGGAGGCUGGUGUGGGCCCUCAUCUCUGAGGCCUCUCAGGUGGGCGCAACGUCAGUGAUUCACUACAUGGUGCGCCUGGUGCUACUCACCCUCUGUGGCUGGGUGCUCUGCUGGACUCUGGUCAACCUCUUCCGCAGCCAUUCCGUUCUCAAUCUUCUCUUCUUGGGCUACCCAUUUGGUGUUUAUGUUCCUCUGUGCUGCUUCCACCAGGACAGCAGAGCACAGCCCCUGCCUGCGGACUGUGGUUACUUGGUACAGGAUCAGAUGGUGGAAGAUGGGGCUUCAGCUGUCAGCAGCCUGGUCAAACCCAAAGAUUUCCUUUCGCUCCUGUGGGAAUCCUUGAGAGAACAGUUCAAUAAUCCUACAUCUAUCCCUACCCACAGCUGCCCCCUCUCCCCAGAUCUCAUCCGCAAUGAAGUGGAGUGCCUAAAAGCAGACUUCAACCGCAGGAUCAAGGAAGUUCUCUUCAACUCUCUCUUCAGUGCCUACUACGUGGCCUUCCUGCCACUGUGUUUUGUCAAGAGCACGCAGUACUACGACAUGCGCUGGUCUUGUGAGCACCUCAUCAUGGUGUGGAUCAAUGCCUUUGUCAUGCUCACCACUCAGCUGCUGCCUCCCAAGUACUGUGACCUGCUCCACAGAUCGGCUGCCCACCUUGGCAAGUGGCAGAAACUAGAACAUGGCUCCUACAGCAAUGCUCCACAGCAUAUCUGGUCAGAAAACACAAUAUGGCCACAAGGAGUACUGGUGCGACGAAGCCGAUGCCUGUAUAAAGCAGUUGGGCCUUAUAAUGUAGCAGUGCCUUCCGACGUGUCCCACGCCCGCUUUUAUUUCCUCUUCCACCGUCCAUUACGGCUGCUCAACCUGCUGAUUCUCAUCGAAGGCAGCGUGGUCUGCUACCAGCUCUAUUCACUGCUGCGUUCAGAGAAGUGGAACCAUACCCUCUCCAUGGCCCUCAUCCUUUUCUGCAAUUAUUAUGUCUUAUUUAAGCUCCUCCGGGACCGGAUAGUAUUAGGCAGGGCAUAUUCCUAUCCACUUAACAACUAUGGACUCAAGGCACACUAGGCCUGCCAAAUGUGUACCCCUUCCCCUCCUCUACCCACAGGGCAGGGAGGGAACCUCAGAAAAAAAUAUUUUCGUACAGUUCUAUUUUUUUUCUUGCGGCGUUUAUAAAUAUUUAAAAUAUUUUAUAUUUUGUAUACUGUUGUUUUUGUGGGGUGGGAAGGGAACCAGUGGCAAUUAAAUGUCGCUUUAUAAACAAGGUGUUAUUUUAUAUAUAUAUAUAUAAAAAAAAAACCAGCUCAGUGUGUAUAUACCGUAUAUCUAUACCCAUACAUAUAUCUAUGUGAAGCAA